AUGAAGAAGAGUGGCUCGAUCUUUUUCGAUGUCUUUUCUUCCCUAGAUAUUUCGGAUACUAGGGAUUUAACUAGUUAUGGGCGAACCCAAAUUGACGCACGAGUGGGCAUAACCCUUCAGUUCCCAUGGGACCCACAUUAUUCUUCAUGCAAGGAACCGAUCCUUACCUGCGGUCGAAUCACGAUCUUCUGCCAUGAAUCGUGGAAUGACCCCAUGGAUGGAGUGGACUUCCUCUUGGUCGGCGGCAAUAGCGCAAUUUGCGCUGUUGUCAUUCUAAAGCUGAGCCUCAACCGCCCCCCGAGACUUUUAAGCGGCUUCAUCGAACUAUAUGUCCGGGAUUGA